GGUUAAGACUACGAAAGCAGAAAAAUGAACGCGUCUGGAGGCGGAGAGAACUCCACGUACAAGUGUAAAUUCGACGAGGAUUUCAAGUACGUCCUCCUCCCCGUGUCGUACGGCAUCGUGUUCUGCGUGGGGCUGAUCCUGAACAUUCUGGCCCUGUACAUCUUCCUGUUCCGGAUCAAGCCCUGGAACGCCUCCACCACCUACAUGUUCAACCUGGCCAUUUCCGACAUGAUGUACGUCAUCUCCCUCCCGCUGCUGGUCUAUUACUACUCGCAGGGGGACAACUGGCCGUUCGGCGUGGCCUUGUGCAAGAUCGUCAAGUUCCUUUUCUACACCAACAUGUACUGUAGCAUCUCCUUCUUGCUGUGCAUCAGCAUCCACCGCUUCCUCGGGAUCUGCUACCCAAUGAAAUCACUCGGUUGGCUGAAGGUGCGGAAUGCUCGGAUUAUUUCCGUGGUCGUCUGGGUUAUCGUUUCCGCCUGUCAGUCCCCUAUAUUGUACUUUGUUACCACCAGUUCCAAUGGGGACAGCACCACCUGCCAUGACACUUCCAGCGUGGAUCUAUUUGACAACUUUGUGGUCUACAGCACAGUCGACUUGGCCUUGCUUUUCUGCGUCCCGUUCAUCACCAUUAUUAUCUGCUAUUGCUUGAUGGCACGGACCCUUAUGAAGCCCUCAGCCGCCACCGCUCAGACUUCGGCUUCCAAGAAGAAAUCGAUUAAAAUGAUUAUCAUUGUCUUGGCGGUCUUCAUCAUUUGUUUCUUGCCUUUUCAUAUCAAUCGGACCCUUUAUUACUAUUUCCGCAAGAUGGAACUUGACUGUGACAUAUUGAACGCCAUUAACUUGGCCUAUAAAGUGACCAGACCCUUGGCCAGUGCCAACAGCUGCCUUGACCCCAUAUUGUACUUUCUGGCCGGACAGACUGUUAGGAGAAGCAUCAUUCCCAGAAACGGACUCUCAAAAAUGAAGAACAAAUUUACAUCCUAUGUUCUAGAGAACAACUGGAGCGGCAGUGCCACCGGUGUCUCCAACAGUGAGGCCAGGCAGAGCCCGGCUGUAAUUAGCAAAGUGUAAUUAACCGAGAAAUGAGCCAAACAGACACGAGACAUCGGUGUAGAGGGAACCUCGCUGUAGGUUCUACAUAUACCAGAUGCUUCAUGCUACAUUAGUUUUGGGGUAUCAACCUCCGUGAGGUAAAAUAGCUACACGUAGAAAUCAAUAUGAAGAAAUAUGGUGCCUUUAUCUAUGUGGCAAAUAUAAUGUAACAUUCCCAGAUAUUUUAUAUAUUACCUUUUACUUUAUAUUUAAGAAAGUCUAGGACAGACAAGGGGCUUCCCUAAGCUAGAAGCAUUACUAGGCCCCCUGAGCAUGAAGUAGGGAUUGGCAGGUAACAAAUGAAAUUGACCCCAGUGGUGACAAAAGCCUGGGAUAAACACGGAUGCUCCAUCCAGAUUUAUUUUGUUUCGCUAUUGCAGCCAUUUCAACUGCAGCUCUUUUAGUUACUUCCUUGUCUAGUGUGAAGUCAGUAAAAGAGCUGCAGUUCAGCUCCUUGUAAUAGAGAAACAAAGUAAAUCUGCAUGCAGGAAGAAAGGUAUGUUAUUCCGGGGACUGUACAGAGUCAUUUUAGGAGCGUUUAAAAUAAAAAGGCUUAUUUAUCUCAUAUGGGAUAAUAACGUGAUGGACGUAUGUCUUUUUUCAACCCAACUUACUAACUUACUAUGUAUGUUACUAAGCCCCCUGAGCAUGAAGUAGGGAUUGGCAGGUAACCAAUGAAAUUGACCCCAGUGGUGACAAAAGCCUGGGAUAAACACAGAUGCUCCAUCCAGAUUUAUUUUGUUUCGCUAUUGCAGCCAUUUCAACUGCAGCUCUUUUAGUUACUUCCUUGUCUAGUGUGAAGUCAGUAAAAGAGCUGCAGUUCAGCUGCUUGUAAUAGAGAAACAAAGUAAAUCUGCAUGCAGGGAGAAAGGUAUGUUAUUCCUGGGGCUGUACAGAGUCAUUUUAGGAGCGUUUAAAAAAAAAAAAAAAAAAAAAAAAA